AUGUGUAUUCUCCAGCAAUUACUUACUAGCACAAGGUCACCGGGUGAAGCCUGUAUCGCGAUUAUCAAAGAUACCGCAUUCGUUUACGAAAACGAAGCCGUGAUCGGAAAAGUGCUGCACGAAUAUUUCACUAAUGGAAAACUCAAAAGAGAAGAUAUAUUUAUCACUUCAAAGCUCCCUCUUACUGCACAUGCCCCUGAAGAUGUAGAAAAGGUUAUCAAGUUGCAGUUGGAAGCCUUACAAGUGGAUUAUAUCGAUCUCUAUCUCGUUCACUGUCCUGUGCCUUUUCAGGUGGUCUUUUAUGAAAAUGAUGUGUGCAAUUGUCUGCGGCGCGAACGGGAACAAUGUGUAACACUUGUAACAUCAAAUCAAUCAUCAUGUAGGGAAAAGGACACUUUUGCGCCCGCUAUUGUGGAUGGACUGCAAGUGCCUGUUACUAUCGACCACGUUGACACUUGGCAUGCCGUUGAGAAGCUGUACGAUGCCGGGAAAGUGAAGGUACCAGCUAGUUUUCUUUUGUUUCUACGAGACAAUGCGUUGGGCUUGUCAAACUUCAACGCUAAACAGUUGCAAAACGUCUACGAUCAUGCACGAAUCAAGCCAGCCAACCUGCAGGUUCUGCCUUUUCCUAUAAACGGAUUUGUAUAUCUGUCUAAAAAAAUCGCAUUCUUUAUCGUAGGGGCCUCUGUGUUGAAUGCCAUCUAUAUUGGCCACAAACAGAGUUAUUCCAGCUGUGCUUUGGGCUUGUCAAACUUCAAUGCCAAACAGUUGCAAAACGUCUAUGAUCAUGCACGAAUCAAGCCAGCCAACUUGCAGGUUCUUCUGCGUCAUCUUAUCCAGCGCGGAAUAGCUGUCAUUCCAAAGAGCGUGAAUCCUGAGCGCAAUUUCGGAAUUCCUGAGGAUUUUCCUUCCAAUUCCUUUUUCUUCCCUCGAUAUGAACCUUGUCACUUAUUUAGCGUAAAAGAGAAUUUUGGAGUGUUUGACUUUACUCUGUCUGCGGAGGAAAUGCAGAAGCUUGACGAUAUCAAAACAAGGACGAGGGUCCGUAAUUUCAGUGCCAUCGCCCAUCCGUUCUAUCCGUUUGAGGACGUAGACAAAUCCAAAGUUCCUGUAGUCUCGUUCAAAGCUGACUGA